AUGUCCACAGGUGCACCGAACUUGGAGAGACUUCGUUCAGAAGCUAUUGAAAGACGAAGAAUAGAAGGUGCAGAAUUGAUCAAUAGUCGAAAGAGAAAGAUCUCAGAGUUAUAUACAGUGUCAAACUUAUCACGUAUAAGAGAUAUAAAUCAAGAUGAUCAAAUGAAACCAAUCAAAGACAGUUUACUUGGGUUUUUGGAAAGAAAUGAUUUACAAAAAGGUCAUGAGUUUGAUUUAAAGACACUUCAACAACCACUUAUAGAUAAUGGUCCACUUCCAAAACAACAAAGGCAAGAUAUUCCAACUAAUAACCAGUCUUCAAUUCCUGUACAUCCAUCUUCACAACCACAAUCUCAACCAACUUCCCAAUCACCAAUUAAUCUCAAACCAGUUGUGGCUAAUAAUCAACAACAGGUUCCUAAACAUAUUGAUACAACACCACAGACACCAUCAUCUCAACAAACACAAAUACCCAAUAAAAGUAUACCUGAUAAUCAAGUGAAGCAGAGUCAGGCCCUUCAAGGCACAUCGAUAAGUGGUAUUCCUCAAGUUCAAGCUCAAACUUCACAAAGUUCAUCAUCUCAAUCACAACCCAAACAAGUUCAACCUCAAUCAGUACCUACAUCAGUACCUACAUCAGCACCUCAAUCGCAACCAGCAAAUGUCAGCUCAUCUACUUCAGUACCGGAUACUUUACAAAAGCAGAAACUUUCUACCCCACAAUCUCAAUCACAAGUGAAAGAUAUAGAACAAACACAAUCCAAUCAACAAUUACAAAAUCAACAAGAGCAUGAUAAAAAAGAUCAAAUACAAACAGAGGUACAAAAUAAGAGCAUUCAACCUUCAGUUCAACCUAGCCAAUCCUCAUCAAAUCAAUCACAAACUCAAAAUCAAACUGCAUCAACUGCAUCAACUGUGUCAAAAGACUCUAAACAAACUCAAGGUACAUCGAAUAAUCGUACCAAUGUUAUAAGGAAGAGAAAUCUUGAAGAUAAGGUAUCACUUUAUGAUCCCAAAAAUAAAGAAGCUAUUGAUACACAUGUUAUUUUUUUGAAAGAACAAUUGCCUGCCAAAAUUGCUGAAGCUACAUCAUUAGCAGAAUUAUAUUAUUUGGCACAAACCCUGCCUUUAGUUAAAUUGAUGCCAUCUACUCAUAAAGCUGUUACUUCAACCAUGUAUGAAACAGCUUUAACUGAAGGGAAAAUUAAUGUUGUUCAUUCAAGAAUUGAAGAAUUAAAAAGACAAGGGAAAUGGAGUUUAAAACAACCAACAAGAUUUGUUGAUCCUAUUAAAAAUAAGCAAAAGACACAUUGGGAUCAUUUAUUAUCAGAAAUGAAUUGGAUGGCUAUAGAUUUUAGAGAAGAAAGAAAAUUAAGAAUAGCUACAUGUGCUUUUAUUGCCCAAUCAGUUUCUGAUUAUUGGACUUAUGGGAAAGUUUGUUGUAUCAAUAGAAAACCAAUUGUCCAUUUAGAUAAUGUUAUUGAUGAUUCAAAUGAUGAUGAUAUUCCUGACGCGUCUGCUAAUGAAAUAUCAGAAGAUCAAGAAAUAGAUUCAAUUGAUAUUUCAAAAUUAUUAAAAAGACCUAAUCCAAAUGAAGAUAUUAAACCUGUUAAAUUACCAGAAUUAACUUUGAAAGAUUUCAAAAAAAUCAAACAAGAAGAUUCACCUUCUCCUUUUAAAUUAAAUUUAACUACAGAUGAAUUAAAUGAUCAAAAUAGAACUUUAUUAGAUGAAAUGCCAGUAUUUCAAUCAUUUGAUAAAUAUGAUGACAAAUACGAUGAAUUGCCAUUGAUUCCUGUUUCUAAAUCACUGAUUCCAAUUGAGGAUGAUUCUUGGUAUAAUGUUUUAUUUAAACAAAUUACUGAUGAUUCAAAUUAUACACCACCACAACAAAAAGGUUUAUUUGGAUUUUCAUCACAAAAGAGAAUUAAUACAUCAAUUAAACCUCCAUCUCCACCAAGUCUGAAAUAUUUGGAUUUAAGAACUCCAACUAUUUGGUUACCUGAAGAUGAUCAAAAUUUGAUUGAACAUGUUAAUAAGUUUUCUUUCAAUUGGGGUGUUGUUUCAGCCCAUCUUUCCAAAAAACCAACGAGAAGCUAUGUAUCCAAUAUUGAAAGAAGAACACCAUGGCAAUGUUUUGAAAGAUAUAUUCAAUUGAACGAUACAUUCCAAAUCAAUGAUAUGAGAGGUCAAAAUUUCAUGAGUGCUACUAAAUGGUUAGAACAUGCUCAUAACAUUCAAGCUACUACUAAAAGAAGAAUUUCACCAUUAGGUGUUGGUGUUGAUUCUAUUCAAAGAGGUCAUAAAAGAUUACGUUGGGCAAGUAUGUUUGAAGCUAUUAGAAAGUGUAUGAGGAAAAGAGAAAGUGUUACUAGACCAAAUAACAAUCAAGUUCGUAAAGGUGCAGAUGAUAAGAAGUUAACUGCACCAACUCCAGCUGAAUUAUCCAAAUUGAAAUUUGAAAGAGAUAAAGCUAUUCAAGAGGCAUAUAUGCAAAAUUCUGGAAAUGGUUUCAGAACUAGACUUCCAGCCCAAGGUCCAAAUGUUGCUGCUGCUGCUGCUGCCGCUGCUGCUAGUGCAAGACCAGAUAAUCAUCAAGCUACUUCAAUGCCUGCUGGAAAUUCUAAUGGGUUACCAGUUCCACGUCCAGCGUCUCAGUCAAGUGUUCAAUCUCAAAAUGGUCAACAAAUUCCUCAAAGAUAUAAUGAUGCAAUCAAUAGACCAAGUUCUACACCUUCUGUACCUCAACAAGGGCAAGUCACUCAACCUCAACAACAACAAGUUCCACAACAAGCUCAGAGAAGCGGAAUUCCUGUCGCUAAUUCAAACCCAGGUCUGAAUAACACAGCUGCAGUUGCUGCUGCUCAAAGAAUCAUUCAAGGACAAAGUAAUGGUCAAAAGAUAAUUGGUCCAAAUGGUACACCAUAUACACCAGAACAACUGCAACAGCUGAUGCAACUGAGACAAAGAAAGCUCAAGCAGCAACAACAGGCUCAACAACAAGCUCAACAAGCGCAAACUGUUCAAGGUCAAACUCAACAAGCCCCAAUCAAUCAAACACUUCCACAAUCACAACCUCGUAUGAACUCCAAUGGUAUAUCACAAGUUUCCCCAUCACCAAAUUUAGGUAAUACUCAACUUUCAACAGGUACUAGCGUCAAUUCACCAGCUAUGAAUAAUGCUUCAAGAUCUAAUAGUAAUCCACAAGGUUCCAAUGUUUCAAGUCCAUUGAUUGGCCAAUCACAACCUCAACAAGCUACAAACACCAAUAGUAACAAUAAUGGGAAUGUUAGACCUUCUUUUGUACCAGCUCAUGUCUCUGCAAUUAUAAAUCAAAUCCAAUCACAAAAUCCAAAUAUGUCAAAGCAAGAAGUUACAAAAGUUGCUGCACAAUAUUUAGCCAAUCUUCAAGCUAAACAAUAUCGUGCAAAUGCUAUGAAUGGUAAUAAUGGUAAUAAUUUAGGGUCAUCUCCAGUGCCAAAUAAUUCUGCACCAGUUAACCAAUCACGUCCUGCUUCUAAUCAAGCUUCACCAAGUGGAUUUUCACAAGCUAAAGUCAACGCAUCUGUUCCAACUCCUCAACAAAUUCUGCAACAACAAGGUGUCUCAUCAUCACCGCCAUUACAAUCUCCAAGAAUUCAACAACAAGCUCAACCUCAGCAACAAGCUGUAAGACAAACAUCUAAUCCAAAUUCACCACAAAUGCCAUUACAACAAACCAAUCAAUCAUCAUCUUUAACACCACAACAGAAAGCACAAUUGGAUAUGCUGAAAGUUUUACAUGCUGAACAACAACAAAAGAGACAACAACAACAGCAGCAGCAGCAGGCCCAACUGAGAAAUGGCCAACAAGGACCACAAGUUCAUCAACAACAAGUUAAUAAUAAGACUGGUUCACAAGUACAAAACCCUCAACAAUCACCAAAUAAUCAACAAAAAUAA